UGCCUACUUACCCCCCAACCCCCAGCUGCAACCAAGAAGGCUGGGUCCCCCUUCCUCUGAGUGUCCUUCCCGUCUUGUCCGCGCUCGCUCAGCCACGUGGCUCUUCUAGGGGCAGAGGAUGGCCCCUCCCGACUGACUCAGGGGCCCAGCUAAGACUGACCUUUGACCCCCACCCCAGAGACCAGUGAACCAUUAACUCCUCUUGGUGAAACCACCGCCCGCCUGGGCAAGGCCAGACGUGGACGUGGAUCUGAGGUGCUUGACGGCCUCACACUGCCAGUGGGGGGAAUAGGCUUCAAGAUGUUCCAGGGGAAAUAGAAGCCAGCACCCGAGCCUCUGAGCCCUGCUCCCACAAUGAUGGGGUCCCCAGUGAGUCACCUGCUGGCUGCCUUGUGUAUGUCAGUGGUCUUGGCGUGGGCAGGGGGCUCAGCCCCCAACCUGGGUCCCGCUGAGCAGGAGCAAAAUCACUACCUGGCCCAGCUGUUUGGCCUGUAUGGGGAGAACGGGACGCUGACAGCAGGGGGCCUGGCGCGGCUUCUGCACAGCCUGGGGCUUGGCCGGGUUCAGGGGCUUCGCUUGGGACACCAUGGGCCUCCAGCCAGCCGAGCUACACCCCCCGCCGGAGACAAUUCCACACACAGGCCACAGGACUCCGAGCUGAGUGUGGACGUGUGGGCAGGGCUGCCCCUAAGCCCCUCAGGAUGGGGUGACCUGGAGGAGCCAAAUGCCCCCCACGCCCCCCAUGGGGCAGCCCCCUCGGGCUUGGACCUCUUCCACAGGCUUCUGUUGCUGGACCAUUCGCUGGCUGACCACCUGAAUGAGGAUUGUCUGAAUGGCUCCCAGCUCCUGGUCAAUUUUGGCCUGAGCCCUGCUGCUCCUCUGACCCCGCGCCAGUUUGCGCUGCUGUGCCCAGCCCUGCUCUAUCAGAUCGACAGCCGAGUCUGCAUCCGGGGCCCAGCUCCAGCACCCCCAGGGGACCAACUAGCCGCCCUGGCCCAUAGUGCCCUGGCAGUCCUGCUGCUCAGCCUCCCUACGCCCCUCUCUCUGCUGCUGCUGCGGCUCCUGGGACCUCGUCUCUUGCGGCCCCUGCUGGGCUUCUUGGGGGCCCUGGCCGUGGGCACUCUUUGCGGGGACGCACUGUUACACUUGUUGCCACACGCCCAAGGAGGGCAGCAUGCAGGGCUCAGCGGGCAACCGGAGGAGGACCUAGGUCCGGGACUGUCCGUGCUUGGAGGCCUCUUCCUGCUCUUCGUCCUGGAGAACAUGCUAGGGCUUUUGCGGCACCGAGGACUGAGGCUAAGAUGCUGCAGGUGGCGAAGACGGGACCGAGAAAGACCGAACCCGGACGCAGAGGACGGCCAUGGGGUGGCCCUUCAGCCCCUGCGGGCGGCUCCAGAGCCAGGGGCUCAGGGUCGGGGGGAGCAGGACAGCCAGCCCUCACCAGUUCUGGCUCCUCCCGGGCACCGAGGCCACAGUCACGGGCACCAAGGUGGCGGCGGGGGCACCCACAUCACGUGGAUGGUGCUCCUGGGAGACUGCCUGCACAACCUCACCGACGGGCUGGCCAUAGGUGCAGCCUUCUCAGAUGGCUUCUCCAGCGGCCUCAGCACCAGCCUAGCGGUCUUCUGCCACGAGUUGCCCCAUGAACUGGGUGACUUUGCCAUGCUGCUCCAGGCCGGCCUGACCUUCCGGCGACUGCUACUGCUGAGUCUGGUGUCUGGAGCCCUGGGGCUGGGGGGUGCCGCCCUGGGGGUGGGGCUCAGCUUGGGCCCUGUCCCCCUCACCCCUUGGGUGUUUGGGGUCACGGCGGGGGUCUUCCUUUACGUGGCCCUCGUGGACAUGCUCCCCGCUCUGCUCCGCCCGGCUGAGCCGCCCACCCCACUCACAGUGCUGUUGCAGGGGCUGGGGCUGCUGCUGGGGGGCAGCCUCAUGGUCACCAUCGCCCUGCUGGAGGAGCGGCUCUGGCCACUGGCCUCGGAGGGCUGACUGCCAGGGUCAGGGGCUGAGGCUGCCUCUCCUUCCCCCCACCACAGGAAUGGAGGCGGGACACGGGCCAGUAGGAGCGAUCAGGAUUUUAAUAAACAGAACCCAUCCCAAA